UCAUUUCAGCCUGCACGCCCAGGGAAUCGCAUCGAGCCUCUCUCUGGGACCUCCCUUGUCAACACUCCUUUCCUGUGUUGAAUAUCGAAUACGGUUAGAAACUGCUUAGAUUCAAACGCCUACAGCCAAAUGUAUUGUAUUCAAGAAGCGGAGAUCACACAAGUCAAAAUGUGUAAUUACUAGGAUAACUACGCUGGCUGGUGUACUUCUCAAUUAUAUGCUGUUGCAGACUAGAUUGCACCAAUGUGGAUCCAAAAUGAAAUAAACUUAUUAUGCCACCCUCUCUUCGGGCUGGUUGAGACAGUGAGAUCCAGGCUACAAAAAUGGGUGUCAUUGAUGCCGAUUUUUGGGUAAUCUAGGGGAGGAGGCCAUGUGAUUAUGCCGACAGCCCAGCAUGAAUCUGGUGGACCUGUGGUUAACUCGCUCCCUCUCCAUGUGUCUGCUGUUACAGAGUUUUGUCCUGAUGAUACUGUGCUUUCAUUCUGCCAGUAUGUGCCCAAAGGGUUGUCUGUGUUCCCACACUGGUGGAUUAAAUGUCAGCUGUAGCAAUGCCAACCUCAAAGAGAUUCCCAAGGAUCUCCCACCUGACACUUCUCUCCUCUACCUGGACUCCAACCAGAUAACCUCCAUCCCCAAUGAAAUCUUCAAGGACCUGCACCAGCUCAAGGUGCUUAACUUGUCCAAAAAUAUCAUUGGGUUUGUGGACGAGCGCGCUUUCAAAGGCGUGGCGGAAACCUUGCAGAUGCUCGACCUUUCUGACAAUCGGAUUAAAACCGUGCAUAAGAACGCUUUCAGCAACCUGAAGGCAAAAGCCCAGAUCGCCAACAAUCCAUGGCAUUGUGACUGCACCCUUCAGCAGGUUCUAAAAAGCAUGGUGUCCAACCAUGAGUCCGCCAACAGUGUCAUCUGCAAGACCUCUGAACUUGAGGAGCAUGCUGGGAGACCGUUCCUAAAAGCUGAUGCCGAUCUCUGCAAUCUGCCCAAAAAGACUACAGACUACGCCAUGUUGGUUACCAUGUUUGGCUGGUUCACCAUGGUGAUUUCUUAUGUGGUGUAUUAUGUACGACAAAACCAGGAAGACGCAAGGAGGCAUCUUGAAUAUUUGAAGUCACUUCCAAGCAAGCAGAAGAAGCCAGAUGAAGCAGAUGAUAUAAGUACAGUUGUAUGACAUCAUGUAAACUGUAACAUGGCCGAAAUACUCUGGAAAUGUUUGAAAAGAAAAACAUUUUACAGCAGAUCCUUUUCAAACUGUAGUGGCAUUUAUAAAAUAGAGAGAAUAACUGCUGGGGAAAAAAGUGUUAACAUUUAAAGCAUCAAGUGAUAACCAAAAUGAGAAAAUAUUUAUAGUUAUUUCAUCCUCUUUUGGUUAUCCAUGUGUAAAAUGUACAGUAAACUUCAGUACAUGCUGCUACUGUAUUCUAAAAACACAAAGCAAAGGGAAUGUUGUGUUGCAAGCGCUGUGUUGCAAGCAGUGUGAUGGAUAAACUAAGGAACUUUUAGAUCCUUCUGUUAUUAACAUUAGAAAAUAUUUAAUGCAAGGGUAGGUUUUGGUCAGAGUUGGAGAGAGGGCUACGAUAAGGACUGGGGUUUUAACACAUAUCUAGUCCUUUUAUUGUAAUACUGCUUGUCCACCACUUUUAGGAUGUUGCAAAGCAUAACCAUGUGGAAAGUUAGGUGAAGCUAAGAGACUCAGGUUAAAUCCCCAUGUUCAUAAAGGUUAGAUGUUUAUGUCAAAUUUCUCUUUGAACUUUGACUGUUUGCAAUGUCUCCUAGUGGGUUGUCUGGAAUAGGUGGUUGAUAGAUAAAUACAUCAUCAGUGUCUGUUGCACUUUUGGUAAUAAGGAAUCAAUCAGGUACAGGGAACCAUACUGUAUUACUGGUUUAGCUGAGUUCUUUCGUAUUCCCCACAUCAGAACAUGUUAGAACUACCUAUUGUACAUGGGAAAUAACUUUAGUCAACAAGGUUUAUCAACUUGUAUUUCUUUAAAGCAAAAUUUGCUUAAUUUUUGUUUGUAAAAGGCACAGAAAGACAGAACUGUUGCAUAGCAUAACGUUUCUGUCACUCGUCAAUGUAUUUAUGGCCCACAGGCUUACUUAUGUGGAGUUUGAGGAUUUUAUUUGCCUUGAACAAAUAUUUAGCAAAUUUCACACAGGAGGAAAAAGUUCUGAAUAAGAAACACAAUUGUUGUAUGUCAGAUGAUCAACUAGAUUUAGUUUGAGGAUUACGUUGGAUGUGUAUCAUAGAAAUAAGUGUGUAGUGCAGAGCUUGGUAUGGCCAAAGUUAGUUGUAGAACAGAGAUCUAAAUCGAUAGAAAAAUAUUAAACAAUUCUGCAUAAUGCAAUUUAUCAUAAAUGUUGGCAGUUUUCCAAACAUUAUUUAGACUAAUGUAUUUUAAGUCUGAAGCAGUCCUGUAAGUAAAGUACAGUAAUUGAUAUAAUUGGUCUGCAUUUAUUUUAGGAAGUAGACUCAAAUGUAGAUUUAAACUGAUAGUGACCAGGCCUUAAAUAGUUUUAUUACCGGUACUAUCAUUUAAAAGGUUAGGCUGAAAUCGGAUUACUAAGGAGACUUUUAUCAAAUGCAGUUGAGAUUCAAAUAGUAUCAUAAUUUCUGUUUUUUUUAAAUGUAAUUAAUAACAAUCAUUGCUAAUAGCAACUGUCAUUCUGUCAAAGAUGAAUCCCUGUGUAUUUCAAAGAAUGGUACAUCAAGCAUUCUAAAUAAUGGGUACAUUUCCUUCAUAAGAAAUAUCUUAAGUGAUCAGUAGCCUGUUAUGUGAGUUCUCUGUAAUUCUCCAUUGUUGUUUCUGCUUAGAUCGUUAUUUGCCAUGCUUACAAACUAUUCCAGCAAAAACAUCCUUUCUCAAUCAUUGAAUUUCUAGAUAGAAAUAUGUGCUAGACUGUGCAGCUGUACUGAAUGUUGCCACAGUAUCAGAGAGAACAGGUGAACAUCUCAUUUUUAGUGGUUGAAUGUUAGUAAGCCUGGUACUGUAAGUAGGGUAAUUACCUAACAGAAUCAGCAAGAGAGAAUAAUUGGGAAUAUAUAUUAUAUGACAUUAAACUCUAAAGGAAAUACAUUAAAAUAUACCUACUGUAAUAUAAAACAUCCCUUUAAGGUCUCACAAACCCGUUUUGCAGAAAUAUGCCUAAAUGUAUCCCACAGUUGACAGGAUAUCCUGCUAUGCAUAGGGAGGUGACUGGAUUGAAAAGUAUUGGGCCAUUUUUAUUACAUUUAAUGCUAAUGAGUAAACUACCCCAGGGAAAUUACAACUAGCACCAAUUUAAUAGCCCCAUUUUUAUUUGAUCUGUUUUACACAAUGCAGUUGUUUCCCACUGAAGGUCUUUCUAUACCAAUUCCAACAGGGCAUACAAUUCCAUUGCCAUAAUUACUGUCUCAAUAAACCAAGGGUGAAUCAAGCGGUUAUCUGGAUAGCUAGGUACAAAUGACUCUCUGGUGCGAAUUAGGCUCAGAGCCCAAGGCAAGAUGAUCAUCAAAAUAGAAGAGCCAUUAUAAUGGAGACACAUUUAGUUAAUUUGAUUACACACAACCUUCACACAAGCACACAUCAUGCCUUUUUUCUAUGGUAGGGGGUUUCUAGCUUGAUUUAAUUUAUUAUAAUUUACUAACUGUAUGUGAAAAUGAGGAUAACACAAGCCUGUCCUUCUGUGCUUAAACAAUUAUCAUUGCUGUAAUACACUAUUGGCGAGUUUGGUGCUUAGUCUCAGUAUCACAAGUUAAAGUUCAAGCAGUACCCGUUUGUCUCCUAGAAAUUGUGCGCUUUGGCAACUCUGCAUGACAUGGACACCUUGCUGUGUUAGCCUAUAGGCGUAUUUCAGGGGACGAGAUCCGGGGGCUCCACUCUGCUUUCCCUGUCAAUCUUCUCCUAUUUCCUAUUUAAGUCUGGAUCUCACACAGUCUUGCGUUUUGAAUUUAUUUUCUCAUAUUGUGUUUUCGCUUUCUAGCAAUCGCUCAGACUCUGUCAAACGUGCUUAAACUUUCUCUCUUUACUAAUGUCUAAACCUCGUCUGCUCGUUCUCUCGUCCGACUCAGAUGAUUUAGAGCAAUUUUCCUACCUGCUCCGAAGAUUUUACUCGUCCUUCAACUUCUUUCAUUCUCGCUGCAGCAGGUGCAUCGCCAGUUAAGCCUGCAACUAUCUAAUCUCCAGCCUCGUCGUUCCAAGAGCCGCUCCAUUAUUCACCCUCCAUUAUUGGCCCUCCGCCAAACUUUUUAAAGCUCUGUUUGACAAAGGCAUCAACAUUCCCGUCUACAGCAAUCACCUUGUCCUUAUCUAUUGCAAAGCUUUGUUUGCAUCCGCUGCAAACAACUACAAGCAGACGCCCCUCCCCGACUUUUCUUUAAAGAUUUGUAUAUCAACAAGAUUCUGAAAGCUAUUUUCGUAAAGAUGUUCUCCUCUGUAGCAGUUCAGUGUUAAAGCAGCAGUAUUCUCCCUCCCCACCUGGUCAUUCAGUAACAGAAUCGCACAAUUCUGUUACACUCUCGUCUUGACGCCAUUGCAGCCUCUGCUCCCUCAAUGCCCACCUCCGCAGUAGAUCUUCAAUCAUCUCGCUUGAGUCUGUUCCCCACGUGGGUUCCAGGUUUAGCAAUUCACUGCUACUUACGUUCAGCAGCCGACAAAAAAAAUAAAAUAAUAAUAAUAAUGGAUAAGCACAUUAAUUUUGUUUCAAUUCCCAGUUCAACGUGGGAAACUCAGCUUUGUUCUCAUUCUAGUUUUGUGCUUUGUAAUGUAUUACUUGAAGCCUACUCGCAUAUCACUUUCAAAACAAACCAUUGCAAAACAAAAAGCAUAAACUCCAAUGACACUGCUGCGCUGCAACUUUCCACUUCUGCCACAUAGGCCAUGGUUACCACGGCAACGCCCUCAUUGAGCUACUACUGGGAGUGUUACAUUGCCAUGGUAACCAGGUAGUUUCAUGAGGCCCUGUGAGCUCAGUGCCUCAGUACUGCAAUCUUCGAAUUUGUGGACCUAUGUUAACUUACUUGUAUACAUGCUUAACUGUCCUAAAAUAUGUAUUCAUUGUAUUUAAUUAAUAAUAAAUAUAUAAAGAAUAUGCAAAAUGUCUUCAUAGAUGGUCAGAUAAACGACACUCAGCAGGCCAUGCCUCACUUGCCUGUACUGACGAGCCACCUGUGAUUUCAACAGCCCCAUCUAUCAAUCAUCACUCUCUCUCCUAACAUCAGAAAAUAAAUAAAUAAAGGUAAAGAUAUCAAUGUUACACUCAAGUCAUGUGACAGUAACUUCCACACCACCAUCAAGAGCUGGAGCAAUACUUUAUUCUACAUCGUGGAGCUCUCAGUUAGAUAUGGGGAUACUAUUUUCUACGAGUACCGUAAAGCAUACUCCGAUAAAGCUGCUAUCAUCUUAUCAGCAGAACCAUUUUGUCGAUCAGUCUUGAUUUUAGACCUCUUUUAACCGAGUUUUCAGCGGUUUGUGAGCCAACGCCUCCACAGCCCAUUCUACUUUCCUCUUUACUUUCCUCUUUACAAAAUACAAUCCACCGUUGUUCUCUUUCUACACAGAUCCGCUGCAAUAUUAUAGAAGAUCUCCAGAUUUCAGGUGUUGGCAUGAUACAUCAUCAGAGCAUUUAGGAUAAACAUUCCAAUCAUGUGGACUAUUGAUCACAAUAAUCAAAUCUAUUCUACCCUGCAGCAUUUUCUAAAGCCAACCGUUUUAUUCUAAUCAUAAUGUCCAGAUGGCAGUAUAAUACCACAAGUUCUAUAAUUUAGCUUGUCCUUUCACUGCGUAAGUCAUGUAUUUUCAAAUCAGGUUAAUAUUUAAUUCGAUGUGAGCUGCCAGUCAGGUACGGAAACCAUGUCCUUCGAUUUAUCAGUGUUUCAGUUAAAACAGCCUCAUACCUUGCAAUGGACAAUACACUUGUAGACUGCUCCUGACCAAAUCAAUAGGUUUUGCAGAGACCUCACAGGAAUGCAUUCUACAUCUCUCCUGAAAGCAGCCUCAUCUUUGGCUCCUACGGACGGCAGUCCACCGCACACUGUCACGACCUCCACGUUAGCAGAUUUCUACAGAAGGCCACUGCACACUACUGGUGGUAGUCCACCACACUGUUACAGAUCACCGCUUCAGCAGAUCUCUGCUCUCAACAAAGCAAGAAAGAAUAUUACAAUGUGGGCUACUUAAUUCAUCACUGGAACGGCCUGUCCUUCUUCUAUCAAGACCCGAUUUCAGCUCCUCAUGAUUUGAAUUUCUUUACUGACGCUUCAUUCUUAGGUUUCGGGGGUUACCUAGGGACUGAAUGGUUCUCUAGCGAAUGCCCUUCUGAAAUUCAGAAUCUUUCUUCUCAUGUCAAAGCUACUGCUCUUCUGGAACUGUAUCCCAUAAUCUCAGCUGCUCACAUCUGGGGCCACGAUAGUCAAGAAAAUCUAUCACGUUCUUUAGCAACAAUAAAUCUACAGUCCAUAUCAUCAAUAAAGGAAUAUCUUCCUCUCCCCUUAUAAUGCAGUUACUACAUCACCUCAUUUGGAUUUCAGUGUCUUUUAAUUUCUUCAUUGAAGCCUGUAACACUCCCGGUUCACAUAAUGCAGCUGAUGCUCUUUCUUGCUUACAGAUCGCCAGAUUUCUGCAAUUGGUUCCCACAGGAUCUCCUGCACCUCUCCAAGUUCCACAAUACCAGCACUUAGUAUUCCUGUGAGCUUUCCUGUCUUCAACCUUCUCCAAUCUGCUAGAAAUUACAUGUCCACUGCCCUAGCUCCAUCAACAAGAUCAUCCUACUCUACAGGCUGGUCUUCUUUCUCCUCCUCCUGCAAAAAAAACAAACAAACAAAUUUAGCCAGUUCCAUUUAAUCAAGACUGGAUCCUAGUCUUUAUCGUCCACGCACAAGACAUUCUAAACCUCUCCGCUUCCACAAUCAAAUCUUACAUCUCUGGAAUUCAGUUCCAUUACUGUCUCAUGUCAGUGUCCUCUCCGAUUCUUCUGGCCAUUCCAGCAAUCCGCCUGUUGCUCCAUGGCAUAUCUAAGCGCUCCCCUCCUACUUCCCCAUUUCAACUUCCUAUAUCUUCAGAUAUUCUACAGUUGCUCAUAUCAAUCCUGCGAAAAGGCUGUUUCUUAACUGCUUUCUCUGGAAUCCUCAGAUGCUCCAAAUAUACAGUCCCAUCCCUUUCCAGCUUCCUUUCUCUCAGCAUCCGUUCCAACAACAUCCCCUUAGUUCCAGAUUCUCAAUUCCUAAUUAUGCUCUGCAUCUCUAAGACAGAUCAAUUUCAUCAGGGUCAAUUUAUGCAACUGUUGGAGGUUAAUUCUCCAUUAUUUCCCUACACCGCCAUGUCCAGAUACAUCUACAGCAAGAAGCCUUUCCUCAUGACGGAUCCACUGUUCACCAGCUCCUCCCGUGCAGUAGUUACAAGACAUUGGUUCUCAACUCACCUUGCCUCUCUUAUCUCCAAAGUAGGCCUUUCUCUUCUGUUCUACACUCCUCACUCCUUUAGAACUGGAGCAGCCACCUCAGCAGCAAAAGCCAACAUCAGCAUCUAAUUAAGAGCCUAGGGUGCUAGUCCACCUCAGCAGUAGAAUCAUACAUAUGCACAUCUGUUUCUGAUAUAGCUGCAGCUUACCAAAACAUUGUUAGCAUGCCAGGAGUGGGGGAUACCUGAUCCGCCGGGUCCACCAGAGGUUUUGCCCCUUAAUAGGGUGUUUUUUUUUUCCUUUCCGUGGUGCAGCAGUUAAACACAUAAUUUCACUCUACCCAUUCUUUUGUCCAAAAAAAAAAUCCAUCUUGUUUGUCUAGUCUUUUUUUCCUCCUUUCUUAAAUGUUAUGCAUUAGCACGUGAACUAUUGUGGGAUGUGGGGUUAUGCGGGGAGACGGGGGUCCAACCUUUGGGGGUAAGUGAGGCUCACUUCCCCGACCUCUAAGGCCGCUGCCAUCCACGCCUCCGCCAAGGGGAUGGGGGGGUUCUUAUCACGUGAGUCAGAGGGGACCCCCGGCCACACACUCUAUCCAUUAGCACAGGGGUGCA